AUGGGGCUAGCAGGAGCUAAGCCAGUCACAACUCCAAUAGAAUUGAAUCAAAAACUCACUUCUGUAGAGUUCGAUGCCACCAUACCUCUUGCCCACACAGAUCCAUCAUUGGAAGAUCCUACUAGUUAUCAAAGGCUGAUUGGGAGGCUGUUAUACCUCACUACUACCAGGCCUGAUAUAUCAUUUAUUGUGCAGUGCUUGAGCCAGUUCAUGGAUUGUCCAAAGUCUUCAUAUAUGGAUAUUGCACUCAAGCUGGUUAGAUAUCUCAAGUCAGCACCAGGUUUGGGUAUAUUGAUGUCGUCCACAGGAAGCAACAGUCUAAAAGUAUUUUGUGAUACAGACUGGGGUUCAUGUAUCAAUAGCAGAAGGUCCAUUACUAGAUAUUUAGUUAAGUUUGGAGAUUCACCUAUUUCUUGGAAGUCUAAAAAACAAUCCACAGUAUCUAGAAGUUCAGCAGAAGCUGAGUACAGAGCUAUGGCUUCAACAGUAGCUGAAGUAGUGUGGUUGGUUGGCAUGUUUCAGGAACUUGGUGUCAAUAUUUCACUGCCAGUAUCUUUGUAA